AUGGAUGCCGACGCUGAGAAUCCGCUCGUUAAAGCCCUGCCUCCGGCUACCGACUACCUGACCUACCUGACACUCCUUGAAUAUCAACUUACACCCGAUCGCCUGCCACUGCUGCACCGGCUACUUCAAGAUGAGAAGCUUACUACCAACAUCGGUUGGGAUCUUGUCAAGCUCCUUCUCCCAAUGCUGCCAGCAUCCACAGACUGCCUUCAUGACGUUGCAAGAUUAGGGAACCCCCGAGAGGUUAUUCUGCGGGUAUCUGAGGCUCUGAUGCAGCUACAGCCCGACGACGAGGAUGAUGAGGACGUCGCAGACGAUGAAUCUGAGGAGAAGCCUCUCCCUGCACAUGUCCUCCAAUUCAAUUGUUUGUUGGCGAUGCUGUCAGAGCUUCAUUCUCGCCUUAAGACCAAAUCUCCGAGCCGUUUCAUCGCGACCUCGCUUCAAGCGGCCUUAGAAGCCUACACGUCCAUGCCGAGCGACGAGACGACCUUAGCCUUCCUCGAGUUCCUGCGAGACAUUUCCCCCAACAAGCGACCAGCCCCGCCCCCAAGGUCCGACAGUCAGUCGACCGUUUUGCGUGUGAACUCGAUUUCUUCCGCUCCAGACCCAGAAGCAGAGGGGGCUCCGGCUGUAGCCAAUGAGACCAUUUUGGUUGAAAAGUUCAUCCAGUUCGGUCUAAUCGAAGUACUCAAAGUUUAUCUGCUGAGUCACCCGAGUCCAAUGGAUCCAGGAAUGUCGUGGACGGUUCGGAUGCAGGAGCACUUCAACCCAGCGUUGAAAUUACCUGAACAGUCCCAGACAGAGGCGUAUGCUGCCACCAAGGAGUUGAAGGAACGCGAUAUGAUCAUGGGAAAGAUAGUGGCUCUAUCAAGGGACGUUGGAAUCGAAUCCACCGAUCUCGUAUCUAUAAUAUCCAGCUCUCCCGAUAGUCAGCCUCAACCCCUCGACUUUGAUGAGCCCCCCAUCUCCGCAAAUGAGAUCUCACUCGAGCGCCAUGGCUCUUUGUUACUUCUUGCAGCCCGCACCGCAGGUGCAACCUUAUUCAGAUCUGGUCAACCUGUACCGAGCAUACCCAUCUUCCCCGACCUAGCUUUGGUCUACAAGAAUUUUCUGGGAAAUACCGAAAGCUUGGACGAAGUUGCCUAUGGACAGCCGCAAGCUCUUAUCGACUCGCUCUUAGCCUUGACCGUCUCUUCUUCACAAGAACCACUUACCACACCAUCCAGCCACACUGAGUUCAAAAACUUUGUCAUCACCCUAACCGGAUGUACCUCUAACAAGGAGUAUGGUAUCGUGCGCCAAAUCCCAGCGGCAAUUGUACACAGCUACCCAUCCACGACCGCACGAUUCAAGCUCAUUCAAACAAUUUUGGAAGAUGAUCGCCUGCAGUCCGCUCGGGAAAGCGCUGUUUCGUGGCUGAAAGACGAGAUCAUUGGUGCAGCCUCAUCUGACACAAUAUUUCACGAUCCAGUCUACUUCUGGUCCCUUUUCCCACUCCUCUUUAAGACGGUCAGAGUUGCUGCAUCUUCUAAGCUCAUCGAUGGCUGGAUCAGCCUAACUCAGACGGACGGCCCAGCUCUCCACUCCGCACUGAACCUUUACUUUUUACUUCUUUCCUCUCCUCUCCGGGAUCAGCUUCAUCUUGAAAAGACUAUUCUUUUCUUCCGUAGUGAGGUGCUUGCCCCUCUCCGGACCCUGUUCCGCACGUUUGAGGCGGAUCUUCCUGCCAAGGGUGGCGAUGGAAUCGUCGAGUCAGCAGUUGGAGAAGAGAUGUGUCAGGCUGGCCUUGCUCGGUCCCUGGGUUUGAUUGGGCUCACGCUUGAUCAGAUUGAAGAUGCGAUUAGUGAAGCUUAUGGGACAGACGAUGCGGAUUUGACAAGCUAUUCUGAAGCGGAGGAAGCCAAGGCAGUAAAAAUCCGUCAAGAAAGCGAGUUUUGA